AUGGAACAACGUCCGCAGAUGAGCACGCCGGACGACCCGGUAAUACACUCACCUCCAUCCCUCGGUGGUCAAUUGAUGAACGGUUUUAACCCCACACUAACUCCUGCAAAGAUGGAGGAAGGUAUGGCCGCCGCGUGUGCCUCUCCUGACGUCGGUGGCAUCGAUCCGAACAGCGAUGGGGAGGCACGACGUCGACAGAAGACGUGCCGAGUAUGUGGUGAUCAUGCCACCGGUUACAAUUUCAACGUCAUCACAUGUGAAUCGUGCAAGGCGUUUUUCCGUCGCAACGCGCUGCGGCCAAAGGAAUUCAAAUGUCCGUAUUCUGAAGACUGCGAAAUUAACGCUGUCAGCAGACGCUUCUGCCAGAAGUGCCGACUGCGAAAAUGUUUCGCGGUGGGCAUGAAAAAAGAGUGGAUUUUGAAUGAGGAACAAUUACGACGGCGAAAGAAUUCCCGCCUCAAUAAUAUGGCCAAUCAGCAGAGGCAAAAACAGGAACUCGCGCGACAACAUGCAGCUGUAAAGGCAAUGACGUCACCAUUGUCAAUUUCACCAAUGGUCGAUGCCCAGUUUCAGCUGGGAGCGCUCAGUGGCCGCGGUGGGAUACCGCCUUUGGUCAGUCCUGCUGGACAGUACCCAUUAAUGAGUCCUGCUGGUUCGGGCGCUUCUGAUUCUCCUCCAUCACGUCCUCUUGGCCUAAUGACUGGUAAUCAAGGAAGUCCGGAUGCUUACGAAUCCAACAUGAUGAUGCAACAACGUCUACGGUCGCAGUUACCUCAACCAAACAUGCCUGGUAGUAAGGUCGUUGAUCCGUCUCGACAAGUUAUUAUCUCGAUGGACGAAUAUCACAGCCUUGUACAACGAGCAACUCGUCCAGGUGAAGAUGAGCCGCUCGCAAAGAGGGCUGCUUAUUCGCCAACAGAUUUGGUGGCACCUCAACCGCGAACAUUCCAAUCGCCCACUAGUCAAAUGCUACCGGUCCAUAACGUCUCACAGAUUCGAGCAGGGAUUCCCACCUACACUGACCUCGGAGCGGCUUCCAGUGGCGAUCUUCCAAAAGCGUCAUUUACCACCAGCAAUUACGAGGAUAGUUUGGAAAAGAUGAACUUGUUCUUUCACAACACGAUCGAAGAUGCCUUGAAGAUCGAUAGUCCAGAAGACCACUCCGCCUCGGCUUCAGCUGGUGUAGCGUCAUCCACAUCAACGAGUUCCGGUGGUCAGCAACAUGAGGGAGAAACUUCCGGAACGUCGUCAUCUAACACCUCAGAUAAAAGGCUGAGCUAUCAACUGAACUCUGCGGAAUUGCAAGCACUUGAUUUAAUCCAAGAAGCAUUCAAGGGUAUGAAUGAUCCAAUGGAGCAAGGACGUCAGAAGCUAUCGUUCCUUAAGGCAUGUUAUGACAGUUCCAACAUAAUGAACAUCAUGGACGUGACAAUGCGUCGAUUCGUGAAGAUGGCAAAGAAACUGCCGGCUUUCAACGAACUCAGUCAAGAUGGCAAAUUUGCGCUUCUGAAGGGUAGUAUGAUCGAGAUGCUCACGGUUCGUGGUGUCCGUCGUUUUGAUAGCGGCUCGGGUGCGUGGACGACGCCAACACUGAAAGAAAGUUGCGAAGUGUCUAUCAACAUGUUCGAUCAGCUCAACGCCGACGUUCGAACCGAGCAGAAGAUGCGAUUUCUACAAUUCUUCAAAAUAUUCCACGAGGAUAUUCGAAGAAACGAGCUGGUAAUCUCCAUGAUCAUGUUGAUUGUGCUGUUCUCACCAAGGGACUGUAUCACCGACCCCGAAGACCGUCGGAUCAUUGCCAGACAUCACGAGCAAUACUGCGCACUUCUUAACAGAUAUCUGGAGUCGUUGUAUGGUGAUGACGCUCACAAGUUGAACGAACAGCUUCCAGCAGCGCUUCGCAUGUUACGCGAAAUAUCGGCAUCAUGCGGUGUGCUAUUUUUGGGUACGGUGAACACAAGCGAGGCAGAACCACUACCUCGUGAGUUCUUCAAAGUCGAAUAG